CAUUUUUCUUUACCAAUUAUUAACUAUCCAAUUUUACUUAACAGAAUGCCUUUCCAAAAGUACACUACCAUCGUCAUAUGGGAUUCAGCAAGCACCAACGUUUUGAUCGAGUUGUUUUCUGAUUACGUUGUAAACGUGGGUGUUGUUACACCACCUUUUUCUUCUUCUGUUGCCAGUAACAGUGUUAUUCGCUCACCUCAAGCAAAGCUGAAUUUGAACAAGGCAACGGAAGAUGUUUUUAAUGCCAGUGACGCUUUCAACGGUAGAAGGGACUUUGCAGCGAUGAAUAACCAGUGGAUUCGUCUCUGUGAUACGUUCAAAACCAGACGAGACGAUGCUAAUUCUACUGGUAGUACACCUCUUCAACACUGGGAGUUUCACGAUCUGAUGGAACAGGCAACAUCGAGAAUGCAAUAA